GUCCGAGCAAUUCACGGUGGCUCUUCUCUCUCCUCCCACCUUACAUUUCCUUUGGCUGGACUCUACCCUCUAGGCUCAUUCUUGUCGCCCUGGACACUCCUUCUGUCCUUUCCCAGGAGAGUGGCAACUGAGGGUGCUGAGUCCCAGCAGGCACGGAAGCUAGACUCUACUAUUUCUCCGCUCUACAGGUCCUCCUGGCUCAACCCGAACAUGUUGGACGGCUUGAAGAUGGAAGAGAACUUUCAAAGUGCAAUUGAGACCUCGGCCUCCUUCUCCUCUUUGCUGGGCAGAGCGGUGAGUCCCAAGUCUGUCUGCGAGGGCUGUCAGCGGGUCAUCUCGGACAGGUUUCUGCUGCGGCUCAACGACAGCUUCUGGCACGAGCAAUGCGUGCAGUGCGCCUCCUGCAAAGAGCCCCUGGAGACCACCUGCUUCUACAGGGACAAGAAGCUCUAUUGCAAGUACCAUUACGAGAAACUGUUUGCUGUCAAAUGUGGGGGCUGCUUCGAGGCCAUUGCACCCAAUGAAUUCGUCAUGCGUGCCCAAAAGAGCGUGUACCACCUGAGCUGCUUCUGCUGCUGUGUCUGUGAGCGACAGCUACAGAAGGGUGAUGAGUUUGUCCUGAAGGAGGGCCAGCUGCUCUGCAAAGGGGACUAUGAAAAGGAGCGGGAGCUGUUGAGCCUGGUGAGUCCCGCAGCGUCAGACUCAGGCAAAAGUGAUGAUGAGGAGAGUCUUUGCAAGUCAGCCCAUGGGGCAGGGAAAGGAGCAUCAGAGGACGGCAAGGACCAUAAGCGACCCAAACGUCCCAGAACCAUCUUGACCACUCAGCAGAGGAGAGCGUUCAAAGCCUCGUUUGAAGUAUCCUCCAAGCCCUGCAGAAAGGUGAGGGAGACACUGGCUGCAGAGACAGGGCUGAGUGUCCGUGUGGUUCAGGUGUGGUUCCAGAAUCAGCGAGCCAAGAUGAAGAAGCUGGCCCGACGGCAGCAGCAACAGCAACAGGAUCAACAGAACCCCCAGAGGCUGAGUUCUGCUCAGACAAAUGGUAGUGGGAAUGCUGGCAUGGAAGGGAUCAUGAACCCCUAUACAACGUUGCCCACCCCACAGCAGCUGCUGGCCAUUGAACAGAGCGUCUACAACUCUGACCCCUUCCGACAGGGUCUCACCCCACCCCAGAUGCCUGGAGAUCACAUGCACCCUUAUGGUGCCGAACCUCUUUUCCAUGACCUGGAUAGCGACGAUACAUCUCUCAGUAACCUGGGUGACUGCUUCCUGGCAACCUCCGAAGCUGGACCCCUGCAGUCCAGAGUGGGAAACCCCAUUGACCAUCUGUAUUCCAUGCAGAAUUCCUAUUUCACCUCUUGAGUCUUCUAGAAUUUUGUGGCUGGGCUCCCAUAUGGAGCAACCAUACUGUGUAAGAGGUUGCUGAUUUUAGGAUGAGGAGGCCAGAGAAAAGGUGGGCUGGGGAGGGAGGUUUGUUGGGGAUGCUGUUGUUUAAUUAUAUGGUGUAGCUCAGCAUUUCCAAAGACUGAAUACAUUAUGGAUCACAUAGUUUAAUGUUUCUAAUAAGAAUCUUAGUGUUAGAUAUGAAGAUGUGUUUAUCAUUAAGGACAGGGUCUUUUAAUAUAGACAUUCUCAAGCAAACUAGAUACCUAGGGACUCCUAACAGCUUCCCACCAUUCUGGAGAAGUGCUUGUCAAGAGGUGCUGUAUGUCUAUUCAUCUAUACACCAAUAGACAGACAGAUAGAUGUAUGUAUGUGUGUGUGUGUAUGUGUGUGUAACCUUUCAUACUUUAUCAUCAAAGUUUAUUCCUAAUUAUAACAGACACCAACUGUACAGCAAAAGUAACUUUAUUUUCAGUGUGAACUAUAUUUAAGGAAAUGCUUGAUGCACUUAAGUUAUAAAAUGAGAUAAUUUACUUUUAUAAACUUUAUUUUUAGUUUGGAGAGAUUCAUCGGCAGGGCAGAGAGGGCUGCUCCACCUGGCCCCACAGCUUUGAGUGCUUGAGUUCGUUCUAUGAUCAGAAUAUCAUCGAUGUUUAGAAGAACAACUCCAGAUGGCAGGCAGCAAUGCUAUAGUGAACUCAUGCUUACUCUGGUGUCAAGUCACUGGGCCUGAAUGUGAUUUUAGGCUUCUUGGCAUGGGCAAGAAAAUCUUGGUUGGGCAGCAUCAGCAAGGUUGUCUCUACCCCCAGAUUCAGCCUUGAUGAGUGUGGAUGAAGUUGAUAGCCACACCUACCUCCUUCUCUCUGAGUGUGGAUGAGGUGGUUGCCACACUUACCUCCCUACGGAUACUAAGGCUCUACACCAGGACAUGAUGGAGGUUGAAACUAAAAUAAAUCUGAUAUGAUUUAAAAUAUAACCAGAUCAUGUACCUGAUGAUAAAGGAUACUUGGGGCCACAGAGCAGGAAGUUCUGGUACCCCAAGUCCUAUAUCUCUGCACAGCCCACAUAGCCACAUGACAGAGAGACAGCUCUGAGAGGGUGGAGACAACGCUCCAUCUGAGAAGGUGGAAGAGGCAUGGUAGAUGGAAUUCUAAAGCAAGUGUUGGCUUGCACAUCUGUUUUUUUUUUUUUUUUUAAAUUUAUUUUGUUUUGUUCUUACGUUUUUGGAAAGUCAUUUAAAAAUGACUGUAUGCACCCCCCAAAAACCGGAAUUACUUGUGAUCUCUGUCUCUUUCUUGAGGGUCCAUAGUCUAGAGGUCCUGGUCAUAAACAACCUCAUGGAGUUCAUAGAAGCAGAAGGGACCAGGCAGGUACCCAAGACUCUUCCUUUCAGCUCACUUUGCUGACCCUGAGCAGAGGAAGACCCAGAAGCCAUUGUACACAGGGACAAUUCUAUGUCCUGGUCUCCAUUGUAUAUGAGGACAAUUCCAUGCCCUGAUCUCCAAAUAUGGUGCUAGGACAGGAUCUUCUGUGUUAGAAUUCUUCUGGGGAAGCAGAAUGAGUAGGGGAAAUACAGAAGGACUCCACUGACAGGGCCUGUGACAGGCAUGAUGUCAUGCCUGGAGACAUCAUCAGAGCCAUGAAUAUGCCCACAUAUCCACUUCAUUCUCUGCAAGGCCAGAGGAAGCAUGUCCCUUAGUGGUAGAGUGUGUGUUGUGUGAUUUUUGUGCUCUUCUUCAUAAUUUAUACAAACCAUCAGGAAACCCAAACCAGUCUGUCUACUGAGAAUGAGGCAGGUGUAGGUGGCACGGAUGGUGUCUGUGUGACUGAUUGGUUGGAGAAUGUAGCAGAUAUUAUGUGAAUGAAAGAAAACAGAGAUCCUUAAUUCUACUCUCUAAUGACAUACCGAGAUGAAAUUAAAAGCCUCUU